AUUGGAGUCAACAUGUCAGUAACAGCUGUAUCAAAUAUGAACCUUGACUUGAGUUAAAUAAUAAAAAAUAAUACGUAAAUAAGUUUUAUUUAAAUAAGUUUUAAGUUAAUUAGAUUUAUGUAAAUACUGUUCGAUAAGAACAUUUUUAAUGGAAUGCGCAGUUUAAAUAAAUUAAUAGUGAUAUUGUGAAUUACACACAAUAAACAAAUAGGAUAUACGGAGAAUGUGCGACGAAAGUACGGGACAAAUCCUUGCUUAUUAUUCGGAUUCGGAUGACGAAGAUAACGAGCCAUCAGGUUUAAGCGACGUAAUGCGAGGUCUACUAAACACUUGGAGACACGAUUUAGGCUAUGUAGACCAAAAUAAUGAAGAUGAUCAUUUUGAAGGACCUCAUCGUCGAGGAGGUAGAUGUGAAAUUACUACCAAAACCUUAAAUGCUAGUCAGUUUUCCUUAAUGACUAAGCAGACUUCAGGUGCAGAAGAAGCUAGAUUUAAAAAAUUGAAGAAAGAUAAUGUUGUCCAAAUGAUGAUUGAUAGAGCGAGUGGUGUUUAUAAUAGAAAUGGUUUUUGCCCUAGAAGAAAAUGUCAAAUUUCCAAUUUAUAUUUACCAAAUACAAACUUCAUAUUGGAUCAUUCAACAGACAAAAUAUUUUGUGGGGUAUUUUCAAAGGAUGGGAAUCGUUUUAUUACAGCAGCACAAGAUAGAACUAUCCGAAUAUAUAAUUCAGAAAAGAGUUCAUACAAGUUUCAACAUUUUAUUUGUGCCAGAGAUGUUGGUUGGAGCAUACUAGAUGUUGCUUUUAGUCCCAACGGUGAACAUUUUGUUUAUUCUACAUGGUCAUCAUCAUUACAUCUUUGUCCAGUGUACGAUACUGAAGAUAAUCAAGAAACAUUGAGCAUCAAUAAUAGUCGUAGAUUUUGUAUCUUCUCAGUAAAAUUUUCUUCGGAUGGUAAAGAACUUGUGGGUGGAGCUAAUGAUGGUUUUUUGUACAUAUAUGAUUUAGAAAGGCAUAAGAGAAUUUUUAGAAUACCAGCACAUGAAUAUGAUAUCGAUGUCAAUUGUGUAAUGUUUGCAGACGAUUCGUCACAGAUAAUUUACAGUGGUGGAGACGAUGGUCAAGUAAAAGUUUGGGAUAGAAGAACAUUGAGGGAAAUCGGUCCUAAGCCAGUCGGAAUUUUAGCUGGUCACACAAACGGCAUCACAUUCAUAGAUUCAAAAGGAGAUGGUCGGCAUCUAAUAUCCAAUAGUAAAGAUCAAAGUAUAAAACUUUGGGAUAUAAGAGUAUUUUCUGAUAAAGGAACAAUUAAGCGAGCACGAAAAGUAGUAGCACAGCAAAAUUGGGAUUACAGAUGGGAAUCUGUUCCAAGAAGAUUGGGUUCUAUGGGUUUAAUAGAUGGAGAUACAUCUGUUAUGACAUUUAAAGGACAUGUUGUAACUAAGACUUUAAUGAGAUGCAGAUUUUCGCCUUUAGGAUCCACUGGACAAAGGUAUAUCUAUACAGGAUGUGGUAUGGGCAGAGUAGUUAUUUAUGAUGCUCUUACUGGUAAACUGGUGAAAGCGUUAGGAGGACAUCAAAGUUGUGUUCGAGAUGUAGACUGGCAUCCUGUUCGGAAUGAAAUAUUAAGUUCAUCGUGGGAUCGAAGUGUUCGUAGAUGGGUAUAUCACAACAAACAGUAUGUUGAUGAAGAAUAUUCUGGUGAAGAAUUAUAAUUCUAAGAUGAUCCAUCAGCAUUGAUAUGAAUUCUAAUUAAGUCGCUAUUUUUAUAAAUAAUGUAAAUAAAUAUAUUUUUAUAGGAGAUC